GUUUUUAUUUUUAUAAAAAAAAAUAAUAACUAAUUUACGGAGAUGCACUUGUACCACAAAAUGGAGCAUUCAGCUCCGUCGCCGGAAAAUGAAGAAGAAGAAGCCGUACACGGCGGCGAUGAAGAAGUUAUGAGCGAAGUCCACCUAGGCUGCCCACCCGGAUUCUCCGGUCCUCAUAUUUCCCGUUUCACCAUUUCCCUUUCACUUCCUCACGAUGUUGAUAACAACAGUAAACAAAUUCUAGAAACUCAGAUUUUAGAAUUUGAUCAAGAUGGUGAUCUUCUAUUACCUCGCCGCCGCGCCGGUAAUAAUUUAUCAAAUAGCUAUUGUGUGAGAAUUCAGCAUAAUAUCACUUCUUCAAUUCCAAAUGUUGGAUUACAGGUAUGGAGAGCUGAACUUGUGUUAGCUGAUUUUAUUUUGCAUAAAGCAUUGUGUUCAUCUGAGUUUCAUGGAGUUGUUGCAUUAGAACUUGGCGCCGGAACUGGCCUAGCAGGUUUGUUACUUGCACGUACUGCUAAGACAGUGUUUGUAACAGAUCAUGGGAAUCAAAUACUUGACAACUGUGUGAAGAAUGUUCAGCUUAAUCGUGGAUUAUUGAAUAAUUCAGCCACUAUUUAUGUACGUGAGCUUGAUUGGUUUGAUUCCUGGCCUCCCAAUGCAAGAGUAGAAGAAGCUCCUUGCACGCAAAGAUAUUCUUGGACUUUCAAAGAAAUUGAAGAUGUAGAAAAUGCUUCUUUGCUGCUGGCUGCUGAUGUAAUUUAUAGUGAUGACCUGACCGAUGCAUUCUUCAGUACCUUAGAGAGAUUAAUGUCAAGGGAUUCAACUAAGGUGUUAUACAUGGCGCUGGAAAAGCGCUAUAACUUCAGUUUUUCUGACCUUGAUGUCGUUGCAAAUGGAUAUUCACAUUUUCGCAGCUAUCUUAUGGAUGAGGAUGCAAUUGAAAGCUUUGAGCCCGCCGCAAGCAUGCCUAAAUUUGCUGGCAAGCAGAUAGACAUCUCUCAAAUUCCACAGUAUGUUAAAGAAUAUGAAAGAACACAUGAUGUCGAGAUUUGGCAGAUCAAGUACUGUGGACCAAAACAUGAAACAUCAGUUACCCCAGGAUGAAAAUUUGAUGUUGAAUUCUAUUAUCGAUGUUAAUUUAUUUUGCUCAACUUUUUAUAAUGAAUUAAAAUGCAGCUGUUUUUUUAACUUCAA